UUGACUACAGCUUUUAUUAUUUGUUAUAAAACUAAGCAAUUCUAUAUAUAAAAAGCACAGGAAUGCAUGUGAGACAUAUUUUAAGUCUUAUAUUUUCUUGUAUAUAUUUUUUUUUCUCCUUUAUUUGUGCAGAAACAGAUUAUUAUAAAAUCCUUGAAGUUGAUAGAAAUGCAAAUAUUAAAGAGUUAAAAAAGGCAUAUCUUCGUCUUUCAAAAAAAUGGCAUCCAGACAAAAAUGGUGGAGAUGAAAAAAAGUUUCGCGAUUUAUCACAUGCGUAUGAGGUACUAAGCAACCCAGAGAAACGUAAAAUCUAUGAUAUGAGAGGGGAAGAGGGAUUAAAAGCACAUGAAGAAUACGGCGACGCACAAUAUCAUGAUGCAUUUGAUAUUUUUUCAAAGUUCUUUCAAGGAGGAUUUCAUGAAGAGAAAAAAGGGCCUGAUAUAAGAAAAGAUAUAGAACUGGAACUAGAAGUAUUAUAUUAUGGAGGGAUUCAUAUAAUCGAUAUUGAUAAAGAAGUAUUAUGUAAUUAUUGUAAAGGAUCAGGUCGAGAUCCUAAACAUAAAAAUAGUUUAGCUCGUUGUAGUCAAUGUAACGGGAAAGGGACUCAACUUAUACGUCAAAUGAUAGCACCAGGAAUGUUUCAGACGUUUCAAGUAAUUUGUAAUUCAUGUUCUGGACAAGGACAUGUAAUAUCACAUCCAUGUACUCUCUGUAAUGGAAAGAAGGUUUUAAGGAAAAACGAGAAGUAUACGUUAAAUAUUCCACCAGGUGCACCCUAUGGUUAUCAAUUUGUCUUUGAAAAUGAAGCAAACGAAAGUCCAAAUUGGGUGGCAGGUGAUCUUUAUAUUGUUAUUGUUGAAAAACCCUACUCGAAAAGUGGUUGGAGACGAAAAAACAGUGAUCUUUAUCGUACCGAAACUAUUUCUCUUUCAAAUGCAUUACUUGGAGACUGGAGUCGCAGAAUUAAACUAUUUAAUAACGAAUAUUUUAAUAUAACAAAACCAGCAGGUCAUAUCGUACAGUCAGGUCAUGUUGAUGUAUUUCCACAAAAAGGCAUGCCAGUAUGGAAUUCAUUAGAAAAAUCAAGUCAUUUAAGUAGAGGAAAUGUUUAUAUUGAAUGGAGGGUAAUUCUUCCAGAACUUAAACUAAAUGAUCCCCUUCGAAAAAAACUAGCAAAAAUUCUUAAAAAUUAAUUUUUAAUCUUUACAUGAAACAAAUAAUCAUUUUGAACAUAUAUAUAUUUAUUUUCUUAAUAUAAUUUAUU